CUAGAGUCGGCGCCGGCCCUGCUAAACUCUCCUCUUUCCAACCCACCUUGCCGGCCUACCUUCGUGCGCACGCACGCACGCACGCAGUACGUCCCCACGUCCCGCCUCAGGCCGGGACGCGCCGGUGGUCGCCUUCUUGUGGGCGUGGCUGCUGCUGUGACCCAGGACCCGGUCAGCUGCUCCCGGAAGCACUCUUUCCUUUCACUGCCUGGCACCGCUAGGGUAGAGCAAGCCGGGAGAAAGGCGCCUGCGCAGGAAAGGCAGGACUAACGCAUUAUUCUUUCCGCCUGCUGCUGCGGGAGGAGACCUUAGUGGGGAAGGUCGCGAAGGGACUGGGAUUUUUUUUUUUUUUUUCUCAUGUAUCAUUUAGUAGGCUCUGUGGCUUAAGACUCUGAACGAAGUAAACUGUCAUUCUCCUCUAAAGAAGAGCUUUUCCUCAUCAACAAGGGAUGAUUAUAGUUCUUCCUAAAAAGGAUGGCUGCUCUUUCACUAAGGAGGUUAACACUACAAGCCAUAAAGUCUGAAAAGAGUUGCAUUAGAUGUCUUGGUGAACACAUUGUGCAGAAGACAGCACCAGCACCGUCGACCCCUGCUGCUUCUGCCCCAAGAUUCUCCUUCCUAGUUCAUGCAAAAGCCUUUAGUACCGCUGAAGACACCCAGAAUGAAGGAAAAAGCAAAAAAAAAAAUGGCACAGCUUUUAGUAGCACUGGAAGAAAAAUCAGUCAGCGAAUUAUUCACGUGUUUGAUGAGAAGGGCAAUGAUUUGGGAAACAUGCACCGAGCAGAUGUGAUUAAACUCAUGGAGAAGGAAAAGCUCCGGCUGGUUCAAAGGAACGCCAGCACAGAGCCUGCCCAGUACCAGCUCAUGACAGGGGUGCAGAUCCACCAGGAACGGCUGAGGCUGAGGGAGAUGGGGAAGGCUCACCCCAAAACUGGACCAACCCUGACAAAGGAACUGACUUUUUCUUCAAAUAUUGGACAAAAUGAUUUGGAAACAAAGACUAAACACAUUCAGGAGUGGAUUAAGAAGCAACACCAAGUUCGGAUUACUAUAAAAAAAGGGAAAAAUGUAGACGAGUCAGAAAAUAAAGGGGAGGAUAUUUUUCAUCAAAUACUCCAGACUAUGCCUGGAAUAGCUACAUUCUCAUCUAGGCCACAAGCUGUUCAAGGAGGAAAAGCCUUAAUAUGCGUUCUUCGUCCUUUGAGCAAGAAGGAAGAGAAGGCACAUAAAGAAACUCAAGAAAUCCAGGAAAGAGAUACUUUGAGCACAGACCACGGAAAUGAUAAGGAAUCAAAUAUUCUGCAUCAGCAAUUUUAAUAAAGAAAAAUAUGCUUCUGAGAGAAA